AUGUAUUUAUUUAAGGUUAGUGACACCACGAUAAGCAAGAAAUGCUCAACCUACAUCUUUUCCUAUGCAGAUGUGACAUACUACGUUUUCUAUGCAGAUGUGACCUACUUCUUUUUCUACACAUAUGUGACCUACUUCUUUUUCUAUGCAGAUGUGACCUACUUCUUUUUCUAUGCAGAUGUGACUUACUUCUUUUUCUAUACAGAUGUGACCUACUUCUUUUUCUAUACAGAUGUGACUUACUUCUUUUUCUAUACAGAUGUGACCUACUACUUUUUCUAUACAGAUGUGACCUACUUCUUUUUCUAUACAGAUGUGACCUACUUCUUUUUCUAUACAGAUGUGACCUACUUCUUUUUCUAUACAGAUGUGACCUACUACUUUUUCUAUACAGAUGUGACUUACUUCUUUUUCUAUACAGAUGUGACCUACUUCUUUUUCUAUGCAGAUGUGACCUACUACUUUUUCUAUACAGAUGUGACCUACUUCUUUUUCUAUACAGAUGUGACCUACUUCUUUUUCUAUACAGAUGUGACUUACUUCUUUUUCUAUACAGAUGUGACCUACUUCUUUUUCUAUGCAAAUGUGACCUACUACUUUUUCCAUGCAGAUGUGACCUACUACAUCUACUAUGCAGAUGUUACCUACUUCUUCUCCUAA